AUGACUUCAGCGACAGCACCAGCAGCAACAGAAAUGGACACGGAUCUCGACACCAAGGCAGAGCUCGAGAUGCUCGAGUACGCCGGAACCCGUCAGGUCGACUACUCCGGCGUGGCCGACAAGACCGAUCCGGCGGAGAUUGCGCUCGUGCGCCGGCUCGACUUUGUCAUCUUGCCGAUGCUGUGGAUCAUGUAUUUCUGCAACUUUAUGGAUCGCAAUGCGGUCACGAACGCGAAGCUUGACAAUCUGUCUAAGGAUCUCGGGCUGCAUGGGUCGGAGUACAAUACUGCGAUCUCUAUCCUGUUUGUCGGAUACCUCCUAGGACAGAUUCCGUCGAAUAUGAUUUUGACGCGCGUGCGGCCGUCGUGGUACAUGGCCAGCUUCAUGAUGCUGUGGGCGGUUGUGUCGGGCCUGACGGCGGCGGUGCACAACUACACCGGCCUCGUGCUGAUCCGCUUCUUUCUCGGCAUCGUCGAGGCGCCGUUCUACCCCGGUGCGCUGUACAUGCUCUCGAUAUUCUAUACGAAGAAAGAGCUGUCGCUGCGGAUUGCGCUGUUUUAUACCGGUAAUAUCUCUGCGAAUGCGUUUUCGGGAUUGAUCGCGGCUGCCGUAUUUGCGACGCUUGACGGCACACACGGGCUCGAGGGCUGGCGGUGGUUGUUUAUCAUUACCGGAGUGGUGACGUUUGGGUGCGCUCUCGUGGGGUUCUUUAUCUUGCCAGACAAUCCAGGACAGACGUGGUGGCUUUCGGCGGAGCAGCGGGAGUUGGCGGUCGAGCGGAUCAAGCGCGACACGACCGAAGAGAGCGGGACGACGAGCAUGAUGAAUGGGUUGAAGCAGGCGUGCGGGGACUACCGUACAUGGCUGUUUUGCUUCAUGAUGAACAUGCAUGUUUCGGGCGACAGUUUCAAGAACUUUUUCCCGUCGAUGAUUAAGACGCUCGGGUUUGAUACGACAAUCACGCUUGUGUUGACGUGUCCGCCGUACGUGGCCUCGCUUGUGGUGAGCCCGCUGCUGUGCUGGUCGUCGGGGAGGUUUAAUGAGCGUACAUGGCAUAUUAUUGGCGCGACGGGGGCGGUGAUUACUGGAUUUAUCAUUGCCGCGUCGACGACGAAUAUUGCGGCGCGGUACGUGGGAGUUGUGAUUUUCGUGUCGAUGUCGUCGGGCGUGAACGACAUCAUGCUAGGAUGGGCCGCGAGCACGCUCGGGCAGACGCCGGAGAAGCGCGCGGUGGCGAUGGCGAUGGUGAAUAUGCUGAGCAACGUGUCGUCGGUGUAUACGCCGUACUUGUGGAAUGAUUCGACGGCGCCGAGGUAUAUCCCGGGGAUGGCGUCGUGCGCGGCGUUUUCGGUUAUGGUUGUUGUGUCUACGUAUGUGAUUAUGAUUGUGUUGAAGAGGGAUAAUGUUCGGAUUCGGCAGAGUGCGCCGGAGACUACUGUUUUGUAUGCCUAUUGA